CUGUGUUCCAUUCUCCACUCUGAGCCAAGCACCCACACCACCACCACCACCACCAGAGACAUGGCUGAUGACGACGGUUCCCGGAAGCGAAGGCCCACCAGAGGCCCCGAAUCCACCGCCCGCAGCCAAGCCUUAGAGCGCCUCAAGGCCCGCCUUGGCGGCGGCCGCAGAUCUGACCCCGCCGGACCCCAAAUCAAGUUAGAAAACCCUAUCUACGACACCGUCCCCGAAGACGAGUACAACGCUCUCGUCGCGAAGCGCCGCGAGCAAGCGCAGGAUUUCAUCGUCGACGAUGACGGCCUCGGGUACGGGGAUCAAGGUCAGGAAGAGGAUUGGUCCAAAGCAGGCUACACUCUCUCAUCCGGAGACGAAUCCGAUGGCGGUGGCGAGAAGGCGGAAAAGCCGAAGCGGAAGAAGGAUCCUCAGAUCAAACGGCCUUCUGCUUCUUCAGUGUCACUCUCCGCCGCCGCAGCUAUGAUCGGCGCGCAGAGGCUGUCGUCGAUGUUCACUUCCUCGAAUUUCAAGAAGAAUAGGGAUGAGAAGGCUAGUGAGAGCAUUGUUGAUGAUGUUAUUGCGGAGUUUGCACCGGAUGAGAAUGAUAGGCUGAGGCGAAGAAAGGCGCAACCGAAUCCGUCGGCAUACUCUCCCGGAGAAUCUCUUAGGGUUAAGCCAUGUACUACUAAUUCAAUUAGGGCUUCUCCGGUGUCUGGUAAUUUCUCAAUUGACGGCGGCACCGCGAAACCGGUUAGGGCUAAUGAGAGCAAUGGUAGUGAAUUGGGGGUAGAGCUAAAGUUUGAAGAAGCAGCUGAACUGAAUGGAAAUUCUGAAAAUGUUCAGGCGCAGCCGGAAACGAUGCAAAUUGAUGAUUUUCCCAGUAAUGAGGGUUUGAGUGAGGAUAAAGUGGUGAAGGACAUUGAGAUGGAAGAAAAACCAGCUCUGAAAAAAGAGGUUUUCACUUUGAAUGCGAAAAUUUCAAGAGAGGAGGAUCCGACAUUGAGUGCUGCUACCGCGGGUUGGCAGGCAGCAAAGAGGAGUACCGGCGGAGGAGGGGAGAUCAAUGGUGCUGUUUCGAAGGAUGGUUUGUCCGCCGAGUUUAAUUUGGAGGCAGAUGGAUCGCUGCCAUUUUUCAUACUAGAUGCCCAUGAGGAGUAUUAUGGAGCCAAUAUGGGAACGGUUUAUUUGUUCGGGAAGGUGAAAACAGGGGAUUUGUAUCAGAGUUGCUGUGUUGUUGUGAAGAACAUGCAGAGAUGUGUCUAUGCAAUUCCAAGUCGUCCUUUGCAUUACACUGAUGAGAUAAUGAAUCUUGAGAAAGAUGUCCAGGAGUCUCGAAUUUCUCCUGCAGAUUUCCAUAAAAAACUGCAAGGUUCUGUAUCUGAUAUAAAGAAUGAGAUAGCAAAACAUCUGGUGGAUCUGAAUGUUUCUUCCUUUACCAUGGCGCCGGUUAAGAGAAAAUAUGCAUUUGAACGAACUGAAAUUCCGGCUGGUGAUAAUUAUGUUGUGAAAAUAAAUUAUCCAUUUAAGGAUUCAGUACUUCCAGUAGACCUCAAAGGAGAAAGUUUCUGUGCUCUUCUAGGAACUCAUUGCAGCGCACUCGAGCUUUUUUUGAUUAAAAGGAAGAUAAAAGGGCCUUCAUGGCUACAGGUUUCAAAAUUUUCUACAUGUUCAGCUUCUCAAAGGGUUAGCUGGUGCAAAUUUGAAUUGACUGUUGACUCUCCUAAAGACAUAAGGAUUUCUUCACCUUCCUUGAAAAUCACUUGCGAGAUGCCUCCUGUUGUUGUCACAGCGAUAAACUUGAAAACCAUCCUAAAUGAAGAGCAGAACAUAAAUGAAAUUGUAUCUGCAUCUGUUGUCUGUUGCAAUAUGGUCAAGAUCGACACUCCUAUGUUGGCUUCAGAGUGGAAAAGACCUGGAAAGCUGACCCAUUUUACUGUUAUUCGUAAACUUCAUGGGAAUAUAUUUCCUCUGGGAUUCAAUAAGGAGGUUACAGACAGAAACACAAAAGCGGGGUCAAAUAUUGUGUGUGCUGAAAGCAGUGAAAGAGCUUUGUUAAAUCGUCUGAUGUUAGAAUUACACAAGUUGGAUACUGAUGUCCUUGUUGGACAUAAUAUUUCUGGAUUCGACCUGGAUGUCCUUCUCCACAGAUCCCAGGCUUGCAAAGUACCGAGCAGCAUGUGGUCUAAACUAGGCCGUCUCAACCGUUCUACGAUGCCUAAACUUGACAGGAGGAAGAAAACUUUUGGUUCUGGAGCUGAUCCUGGUAUCAUGUCUUGUAUUGCUGGUCGACUUCUUUGUGAUACAUAUCUGAGUUCCCGUGAUCUAUUAAAGGAGGUUAGUUAUUCCUUAACUGAGCUUGCAAAAACACAGCUGAACAAGUUUCGGAAGGAAGUUGCUCCACAUGGAAUUCCAAAAAUGUUCCAAACUGCAGAGUCCCUAAUGGAGCUUAUUGAAUAUGGUGAAACGGAUGCAUGGUUGUCUAUGGAACUCAUGUUUCAUUUGAGUAUUCUUCCGCUCACACGUCAGCUGACUAAUAUAAGUGGUAAUCUGUGGGGGAAAACUCUUCAGGGUGCUCGUGCACAAAGAGUGGAGUAUCUUUUGUUGCAUGCCUUCCAUGCAAAGAAAUACAUUGUGCCAGACAAGUUUUCAAAUUACGCAAAAGAAACAAAAUUGACAAAACGCAGAGUAACUCAUGGUGUUGAUGAUGGCAACAUUGAUGAAGCAGAUAUUGAUGAUGGAAACUACCAUAACAAUGCCUCCGAAAUUGAUCAUAAGAAAAGCAAGAAGGCUUCUUCCUAUGCCGGGGGACUGGUUUUAGAGCCAAAGAAGGGUCUUUAUGACAAAUAUAUAUUGCUUCUGGACUUCAAUAGUCUUUAUCCUUCUAUCAUUCAGGAAUACAAUAUCUGCUUCACAACUGUUGAAAGAUCUUUUGAUGGAUCUUUUCCUCGUCUACCUUCUAGUACAAUAACUGGAAUCUUGCCAGAGUUGCUGGAAAAUCUAGUUAAAAGGAGGAAAAGCGUAAAGACAUGGAUGAAGACUGCAUCUGGUCUUAAAUAUCAGCAAUUUGAUAUUCAGCAGCAAGCACUGAAGCUUACUGCAAACAGUAUGUAUGGAUGCCUGGGAUUUUCCAAUUCAAGAUUUUAUGCGAAGCCAAUAGCUGAGCUCAUAACCCUACAAGGAAGGGAGAUAUUGCAGAGUACUGUUGACCUUGUUCAAAAUAAUUUGAACUUAGAGGUGAUCUAUGGGGAUACUGAUUCAAUAAUGAUUUACAGUGGGCUAGAUGAUAUUGUGAAAGCAAAGGCAAUGGCUGGAAAAGUUAUUCAAGAGGUCAAUAAGAAAUAUAAAUGCUUGGAAAUUGAUCUUGAUGGUUUGUACAAGAGGAUGCUCCUUCUUAAGAAAAAGAAAUAUGCUGCUGUGAAGGUGCAGUUUAAAGAUGGUAGCACCCCAUAUGAGGUUAUUGAACGUAAAGGUCUUGACAUUGUUCGUCGUGACUGGAGCUUAUUAGCUAAAGAAUUGGGAGAUUUUUGCUUGACUCAAAUUUUGUCGGGAGGGUCAUGUGAAGAUGUGGUUGAAUCGAUUCACAGCUCUCUCAUGAAGGUGCAAGAGGAGAUGAGGAACGGUCAAGUACCAUUGGAAAAAUAUGUGAUCACAAAGACAUUGACUAAAGAUCCUGAAGCUUAUCCUGAUGCCAAAAACCAACCACAUGUUCUUGUGGCACAAAGAUUGAAGCAGCAAGGUUACUCCUCUGGUUGCUCUGUUGGUGAUACCAUCCCUUAUAUAAUUUGCUAUGAGCAGGGUGGUAGUUCAGGCAGUGCAAAGGGUAUUGCUCAACGUGCCAGACAUCCUGACGAACUAAAACAAGAAAAGGGGACAUGGCUAAUUGACAUUGAUUACUAUUUAUCACAACAGAUUCAUCCUGUGGUAUCACGUCUCUGUGCAUCAAUUCAGGGAACAAGCCCAGAAAGACUGGCUGAUUGUUUAGGGCUUGACACAUCAAAGUUUCAACAUAAAUCAAGUGAAGCUUCAAGUGUUGAUCCUACAAGCUCACUCAUGUUUGCUGCUGAUGACGAGGAGAGGUAUCAGGGAUGUGAGCCGUUGGUCUUGUCAUGCCCCAGCUGCUCUGGUACUAUUGACUGCCCACCUGUGUUUAAAUCCGUUUGUUUGUCGGUGAAUGAAAAGCCAUCUAGCUCGGGCACGGAGGAAUCUGACUACAAUUUUUGGCGUAAGCUGUGCUGUCCUAAAUGCCAAGAAAAUGGUGUUGGUAGAAUUUCUCCUGCAAUGAUAGCCAAUCAGGUCAAAAUGCAAGCAGAGAAGUUCGUUUUAAUGUAUUAUAGAGGUUCAUUAAUGUGCGAUGACGAGACGUGUAAGCACACAACGCGAAGUAUCAGCCUUCGGCUGGUUGGUGAUUCUGAGAGAGGAACUGUUUGUCCAAAUUAUCCUCGCUGCAACGGGCGUCUCUACAGAAAGUACACUGAAGCAGACUUGUACAAGCAACUCUCAUAUUUCUGCCAUGUAUUCGAUACUGCUAGUUGUAUAGAAAAGUUGGAGGAAAAAUCUAGGAUACCAGUAGAGAAAGAGUUGAUCAAAAUUAGGCCAAUAGUUGACCCAGUAGCAUCAACAGUACAGAAGAUGAGGGACCGUUGUGCCUAUGGUUGGGUGAAGCUGGAGGACUUGGUCAUUUCAAUUUAAUUUGUGAAUUGAUGCUUAAUUUGGUUUAUAUAAUCCAAGCAUAAGUGAGGCCAUAGGACAUACAAAUGUUCUUAAAUGUUAUCCAUUAAAUAUAUAGAUAACCCCCCCACCAAUUGAUAUUGAUUGAAGAGGGAGUGGAGGUGGGUUGGAAGUUGUAACCGAUUAGAAGGGUUAAAUAAGUUUUUGGUGUCUUAGGCUCGCUCUGAUUUUAGUCAUUGCUGGAGUGAAGUUUGUAAGCAUCUCUCCGCUUAGGAAAAUAUCCCACUUUUAGUCCACGCCGGAGUUUGAUUUUCAGCAACUUUGUUAAGUGGCUUUGCUAGUCCAGGCACUGCUGUGUGUUUAAUGAAGUUGGGUUGAAUUUUGUUUU